UUCAUCCUGACUUCCAGUUCCUGAGAGAGAGAGAGAGAGACGACGUUGUUGAAGAUUGGUGGUGGCACAGCCAUGGCUGUCCCUCGUAGAACUUUAUGGAGGAGACCCAUGUGCUUGGAUUCCAAGGUCGACACCGAGCAGCUACGUGUUCAACUCGUUCAGCUCCAUUCUGAGGCUGAGAGCGCCAGAGGCAAAGCAAACAAUGCAAGAUUGAGGCUUCUUCGACUGUCAGAGACAGCUGAGAAUCUUAAAAGGCAAGCAGCAAUUAAUGUCCAAACUGGGAAGGAAGAUGAUGCAAGGGAACUACUCUUUCAGAAGAAAAAGGUCAUGGAAGCAUUGGAGAGGUCCAAAAAACGCAUAGAAUUGCUUGAUGAGCUUUCCUCAAAGCUUAAUGAGGCGAUCUCUCUAAAAGAAAGGCAGCUAAUCGGGAAUGUUACUUUGGAUCUAGAAGUUGUCAGAGAUAAUGAUCUGAAGCUCAGUAAUGAUGAAGAAAAGCCGCUUCUUGCAGAGAGCCAAACAAGCGUACCUGUUGAGCCAGAAGGGGAGGAUCUUCGAGAACCUUUAAAUAAGGGAGCUUGGAAUGAAGAUGAGAUAAUUUCUAGCUUGAAGGGAAUAACCUCUUUUGAGAAAUUCUUGGAACAUCUGGAUCAUCAACUUAACAAAAUUGAAGCAGAACUUGUCACUAUUCUAAGAAUCUCAACCUUGGUAGUGGACAGCCAGGAGAAACCAAAAAAUUUUAAGGUGCAACAAAUAAUGGAACUUCUUGAGAGUAUCGCUGGCGUUAGACAGAGAAUUUCAAGUAUCAAGAUGGCAAAUGUGGAGAUCAGAUAAAGCUUCAAUUGUUUUAUUGUCUCUGGAAUCUGGUAGGCCAAGCAUUAAUAAAUCUCUAAGGAAAGCUCCACCUCAUGUUGUGAACUUAUGUGUGUGCAUAGUCCGGUACAGUUUGUCAAAGGAUUGCAAAGCAAUAAACAGCUACUUCAUUGGUUCAGCAAGAUUUGGGGAUUGAAUGAAUUUUAGCAGACAUCAUCAAUAUUUCCUUGAAAAAGGUCCUCAACCUACAGGAACUGUUCAUGAUAUUUCAAAAAAGGCAGGGCUUUUUACGGAGCUUCGCCUUAAUCAACAAACACAAGUAAUAUUAGUUGCUUUGCCCAUAGUAUUUGAUUGAUGCCUAUCCAAUUUCAAAUUUCAUUCAUUUCAGCUGCCUUUCAUGCCCUUGCUUCUGUUGUAAAAUGUUUUGUUUGCAUUAGAUAAUGUAGUUGAGCAGGCUGUAUAUGUUCCAUACCUGAA